AUGAAGGAGGAGAUGCCCAAGAAGGGAAGGAGGAUCCACGAAGUGCCAUACAUGGACACAUCAGAUGAUCUUGACCUUGGAUAUGAAGAAUUUUUAAAUGGCGAGAGCGAGGACGAGGGCAUCCUGGAAGAAGAGGGAGGGGAAGCAAGGAUGGAGGAAACGAUGAAUAAGGAUAAGACAGAGAAGAAUAAGACAAAGGAGGGUGUGCAGGUGGGAGAUGGAAAACAGAAGAAGAAGAAGGGGAAGAGAGAAGAUGAUAAUAAGAAUCAUAGGGAGGAAGAGGGCAACAGAAAAGGAAAGGGUGAGUCAAUGGUGGCCGUGGCAAAGAAGAAGGAGCUGAAGAAGGAUGGAGAGGUGAAGAAGGAAAAGGAUAAGAAAGGCAGGAAAGGUAGUAGUGCUGUUGACUCAGUGACAGAUGGAAAUUAUGAUGCUGGUAAAGAUGGUGAUGUUGAUAUUCUCUCCGGAGAUGAUGAAGUGGAGAAAGUGGGUGCAAUGAAGAAGUUAAAGAAAGAUGAUAAGAUGAAAAAGGAGAAGGCUAAGAGUAGCAAGAAUGAUGGUCGUGAGGACGAUGAUCGUGGUCACAAGGAUGGUGGUGCAGAAGAAAGUUAUAAUGGAAUGACUACGUCAAAGAAGGUGGAUGAAGGUGACCAAGGAGAAUGCAAAAGUGAAAAAGGGAAAGGAUGGAAUGACAAACAGAUGGGAAGACAAGGUGGUGAAGAAGAUCAAGAGGACUAA